AUGUCGGAGCAGAACCAGACCGUGGUGCUAGUCAGCGUGGAGGGUGAGCGCUUCACCGUCGAGCGCAAGAUCGCCGAACGCUCGUUGCUCCUCAAGAACUACCUCAACGAUAUGCACGACAACGCGUUCCGCGACGAGUCCGACGACGAGGCCGAUGCCGCCGACGACGACGAUCGCAUCGUCAUGCCUGUGCCCAACGUGCGCUCCUCGGUGCUGCAGAAGGUCAUCGAGUGGGCCGAGCACCACCGCGACUCCAACUUCCCCGACGAGGAGGACGACGACUCGCGCAAGUCCGCGCCCGUUGACGCUUGGGACCGCGAGUUUCUCAAGGUCGACCAGGAGAUGCUCUACGAGAUCAUUCUGGCCGCCAACUACCUCAACAUCAAGCCGCUGCUGGAUGCGGGCUGCAAGGUUGUGGCCGAGAUGAUCCGCAACCGCUCGCCGGAGGAGAUCCGUCGCACUUUCAACAUUGUGAACGACUUCACACCGGAAGAAGAGGCUGCCAUCCGCCGUGAGAACGAGUGGGCCGAGGACCGCUAG